AUGGCGGAGCUUGGUAGGGUGGAGCUGCGCAUGACGGGGCUGCGCAUGGCGGAGCUGCGCAUGGCGGAGCUGCGCAUGGCGGGGCUGCGCAUGGCGGGGCUGCGCAUGGCGGGGCUGCGCAUGGCGGGGCUGCGCAUGGCGGGGCUGCGCAUGGCGGGGGCUGCGCAUGGCAGACCCCACUGGGUUCAUCGGACUGGGCUCUACGUCUCCUCACGCGGCCCCAUCGCGACCACCGCCACGCCCAUCUCCCUUCCCGCCACGAAAACUCCUCUUCCCGCCACGUCAUCUCCCCUUCCCGCCACUCCAUCCCCCCUUCUCGCCACGUCAUCCCCCCUUCUCGCCACGCCAUCUCCCCUUCCCGCCACGAAAACUCCCCUUCCCGCCACGUCAUCUCCCCUUCCCGCCACUCCAUCCCCCCUUCUCGCCACGUCAUCCCCCCUUCCCGCCACGCCAUCUCCCCUUCCCGCCACGCCUACUCCCCUUCCGAGCACGCCCUCAUUUCCCCUGCACGCCCUUAUUUCCCCCCCUGCACGCCCUUAUUCCCCCCCUGCACGCCCUCGUUUCUCCCCCUCGAACGCCCUCAUUUCCCCCUUGCACGCCUCAUCCCCCCCUUUCACGCCUUCAUUUCCCCCUUGCACGCCCUCGUUUCCCCCCCCUGCACGCCCUCGUUUCCCCCCCUGCACGCCCUCGUUUCUCCCCCUCGAACGCCCUUAUUUUCCCCUUGCACGCCCUCAUUUUCCCCUUGCCCGCCCUCAUUUCCCCCUUGCACGCCUUCAUUUCCCCUUGCACGCCUUCAUUUACCCCUUGCGCGCCCUCAUUUCCCCCUUGCACGCCUUCAUUUCCCCCCCCUGCACGCCCUCAUUUCCCUCUUUUCCCCAUCUCCCCUCCCCAUCUCCUCAUCCCACCACCUCUCCCUGCCUUCCCAUCUCUUCUCUUUUCCAGGGCCUGUUAUCCGCAACCCGCCCUCUUCAAACUGCUCCUCAAGCGCUGUCCUCAUCAGCACCACCACUCUACCUCCCGCUCUCUGUGCCUCUUCCCUCCUUUGUCACUGGUCCACGCUUUGUCGUGCUUCUUGCUCUUCACAUCCCCUUUUCCUCCUUCCUCCAGAUCGCCCCAUCCCUCUCUCUCGCUCCCAAUUUUUCCUCCAUGUCUCCCCAUGUUAUUUUCCUUCCCACCGCCCACGGGUUUGGGACGAGGCCCGUCUGCCCUCUCACACUCGCCAUGCGUCGCCAUGCACUCGUCCUGCCAUUCUGA